GACCCGAUUCUUGCGCAAAAUAUAUCCAAUGAAUCGAAAAAUCCAUUUUCUGGAAAGCAUGUUGGGACAAAAAAUUAGGGUCGCCAUCGCGCGUGACAAUUUUUCUAGGACUUGACCUAAUUACAGGUGUGCAAAAUUACUAUAUAAAUUGAUCAGACUUGUCUUCUCUCUAGUAAAUUAAUUGUAAGAAUUUACAUGAAACCCAUGGUUUCUUUCUUAAUGUUGUUGUAAGUUCAGAGUAAUUGCGAAAAAGAUAUGCAUACAAAUUAUACAAGGCAAGUAAACAGGUAAAUCGUUUCCGUUGUCUCUACAGUACAGUUUUGAUUUUGCGCAAUGAAAGAAAGCAUUGGAUUAAACAUUUUAAGGUAGACUGUUUGAUGUACUCAAUGAUCAUAUAAGCAACUGAGAAUGGGGAGUGUAACAGAAGACCCUAAACAGGGGCAAAUAUACUUACAACGUGAUGUCUCAGGAGAGUUCGAGAAAGUGCUGGCCACUUCCAAACACAGCUCUAUAGACACUUUCCUAGAACAUCUUAUUGACCUAUAUACAGAAGCAUCUAAGUCGACGCAUUGUGUGCGAGUUCGGAAUGAUGUUGCUCAACGAUUUACAGCAUUACAAUGUGAAACUAGAUUUCAGACCAGUGAUGAUCUGAUGAAACAUCUCCUUAACUUACAUGUUGAGUACCUCAAAACAGCCAGUAAUAAUAAUUCUAAAGAGUCCAAAGAGCGGUCAGUGCCAAGAAAAAGUCGAAAGUCCCAGCCAAAACGUAACAUAAAACAUACAGUUGUAUUAGACUCGGAGGACUCCGGUGACCAUUUGAUAGAAGAGGUGACAGAAGAUCCAUGGCGUGAAGUGUCUGUGAGCAGCAUAGAAGAGUCCGAGACGGAUCGGAGCGAGGUGGAUCUAUCAAGAGUGAAACUAGAAACCAGUGACGCGGAAGAUUUGAGCAGCAAACAUUCAGAUAAAGAUGCCGCAGGGAAUGGAGGGCCUCUAUGUCUGGCGCUGCGCAAACCGGCAUCGGCACAGAAAUUGGGGGAAAUAGAGCAAUAUGCCUUAAACAGCGAGACCAAUACUGAUUAUGACCCUAAGUCAAGCAGACAAUUCACGCAAUCAAACUGGCGAAGUCGUUCUGAGCCUACAAAGAAACAGGAUGCCAUUGUUCGUGUUAAACAAGAACCAAUGUCUGUUCAGGUCAAUGCACAAACAGGAAAUGCGUAUGACGCUGGGAUUUCAGCACAAGUUACCAUGGAAACAGGAGAUGAGAAGUCAUAUGAUGACAACUCGAUGGAUGUUAACGAUCCUCUAGGUUAUAAUUACGUGUUGAAUAGUCUUGAACCUGACGGGCAACGAGCUAAUGGUCUUCCAUCAAGUCCAAUGCAAGUGCCAGUACAAUACCCGAAAUCCAACCAGUACACAAUAUCAUCAGAUGAAGAUGGGGCCCAGGACCUCACUGUUUUUACUCCAGAUCAACCUCAUAAUUUAUCAACCUCUAAACCUCAGUUACAAGUUGCCAGUUCCAAAGGACAGGACAAUCUUGUUAAAUACGAUAGCAAUGCUAAUGCUGUACCAAUUUCCCUAUAUUCGAAUGAACAGUUCAUCUCUCCAAAGCCUAUAGCAAUACCUCAAAAUUUGAUCUUUCAUGAUCAGCAAUCAUCUGGAAACCUCUUAGGACAACCACCUGUUCUUCAAUUUGCUCAAAAUAAUCAAGGCACUUCAUCAGCUCCGAUGGUAACAGGUAGUGGGAAACAACGUGGAAAUCCACCACCAUUAUUUGUUGCUGGUAUGCCUCGCCUUCAGCUGGUCAAUGUACGUGGACCAUCCCCUCAAACCUCGGCAUUCAUGAUUGGACCAGGGGGACAAACAUUGAAGUUUCAUGAUCACACUCCUCCACAUAUGUUAGCCGCACCUGGAGGCAUGCUUGUUUCACCUCAGGACACAGGGCCUCAACAGACAGAGGUAUCAAGUCCAACCAGUGGUGGACACAGUAGUGAUGGUAUGUCACCACAAUCAUCCAAAAAGAAAAGGAAAAGGUUAGAUGACACAACAGUCUUCCGAGAUCCACAAGAAGCUUCACUGCCAUUCAACGGGCCAAACAAGUACCGUUUCUAUUGUGACGUAUGUGACACGGGGUUCACAAGAAAAUAUACAUUUAAUCGACACAAAUGUAAAGGAAGAGUAGAGAAGCAUUAUUGUCAACUCUGCGAUAAGGCUUACCUCUCUAAAUACAAAUUGAAGGACCAUAUUCUUGUCAAGCACGAGGGUCAGACUGUGAGCUGUCCAGAAUGCGGCAAACGGUUUUCAUCACGCUCAUCUAUGGAGAUGCAUAAGAAGCAACAGCACGAGGGCCAGUACAGUAUCUUCUGCAAAGUAUGUGGUAAAGGGUUUAACCACACAGGGCAUUAUUACGGGCACAUGAAUAAGCACACUAAUACCAAACCAUUCUGGUGUCAGCAGUGCGGAAAGCGAUUUUAUGGCUCAUCCUAUCUUCAUAAUCACAAGCAGGUUUGCCGAGGAAACAACGACCUCAACUAUUCUUGCUCUGUAUGUGAUCGUAAAUUCAAGUGCGAGCUUUACCUGAAGAAACAUAUGAAGAUUCAUGACAACACACCCAUUAUAUCUAAUCCAAAUGUAGCUAAAGUUAAAGACGAAGAUCUCAAGAUGGCAGGUGUAGCAGUGGCCAACCCUUCUGCCCUGAAUGGUGCAGUUUUUCCUGAAGCUGGUCAACCAGUCUUUCCAGAUGGGCAAGAUGUUUCAGAUUCUAAUUCAAACUCAAAUAUCUCAGGGGCUCUACUGAUUGACGAGGGAAAUAUUGCUGAGGGCUCGGAGUCUUUUAGUAAUGAAGCAGCUUCCGUAGGUGCUAAGCAGGCUAUGGUGGCUUGAGAAAAAAAGUUGCUUUGUAUGAAUGAAAAUUUUCACAAUGUAACUUUUUCAGUUUGAUUUUCAUUUUGUGGUGUAGGAAUAUUUUUUUUUUUUUGCUUUUUUUUUGUGUUUUUUUUUUAAAUCUUUUUUUCCCCUCUCUUUGUUCUGACAAUUGACUUACAGCAAAAAGUGUUUUUAAGUGAUUCAUUCACAUUUUUAAGAUGCUGAAAAUUGAAAACAAGUAGUAGUGUUGGAGUGACAAAUGGUAUAAAACCAGUUGACAUAAGAAUAUAGAAUGAUGUUAUAACAGACUGUUAUUAAUAUCCCCUAGAAGUGAGAAAAUUGACUGUGAUGAAUUUAUAAUGGGGAAAAUAUAGGAUAUUCCUCUGGCAUUAUUACCAGCAGUUGCUUACUGUAACAAAUGCAAUUUAUCAGUAAGUCAUUUUACUGUGACAAAUUGACAAGACUAGUUCAAACACUGUCAGGAAGUGGCUGUAAAUUAUACUAAAUGACUAUGAUAAUCUUAGAUGGGUAAAAAUCCAGCUUUAAAAUUUGAUUGUUGUAAUUAAGCAUUUGAUGGCGGCAUUCUUCACUUUGUGAGACUUGGAAUGAGGAUCUUUAGAAGAAGAGGGCAUUAGGAAGAUUUUCAUUUUGUCUAAUCUUUUCUUUAAUUCCUUUUUUUUGUUUAGAAAUUUAGUUCAUUAUUACAUUUUGAUGUAUGUAUAUCUACUAGUAUGUAUUGAGCUUUACUAUCUUUUUUUGUUUGUUUCCCUUUCUCUAUGCAAUUUCAUUUCAAUUUUAAUGUUAAUGUUGUGUUAAUGAAAAUAUAUAUAUUCAAUGUAAAUGAUAAGACAGAUGAAAAUUUAUUGACUUAGGUUUGUGAAGUUUUACCAUGCAAAGCUUUGCUCUUAUUCGCGAUUUUGUUCAUGUUUUAAUGAGUGCCUGAUUUGUUAACAAAAUUUGUAUGUGAUACAAAUUUGAGCCGUGCCAUGACAAAACCAACAUAGUGUGUUUGCAACCAGCAUGGAUCCAGACCAUCUGCGCAGUCUGAUCAGGAUCCAUGCUGUUCACUAUCAGUUUCUCUACUUGUUAUAGGGUUGGUAAGCGAACAGUAUGGUUCCUGAUCAGACUGGGUGGAUGGUCUGGAUCCAUGCUGGUCGCAAAAGCACUAUGUUGGUUUUGUCAUGACGCGGCUCAUUUAUUAUAUAAUCAAUUAUAGUAACAUGGUACAGUGUAUUUUGAUUUUCAAAAUUGUCUGCACAGUGCAUUUGAAUAUGUUACUAUAAAUAGCUUAGUUAAUUGGUAAUCUGUCAGUAGUAUACCAAAGAUUCUCAAAAAGUUAAAACUUUAGUUUUUGCUUUAACUAAAAACUUUAAAGUUGUGAAGUGAUUUCUGUAAUGUUAGCUUUAAACUUGUGAGAUAUCACAGUAAAAUGUUUAUUCUUAUUGACUUCACUCAUUCAUGUGAUUUAGAAAAGUCAGUAUAUAAAGUUUAUAUUUUUUCUAAAAUUAUCAAUUUGGGAAGAAUUUUAUUCUUUUUGGAUAACAUUGUGAAGACCACAGUGUUAUUGGCUUGAACACUUAAGUAUAUGUGAUGGCUUAAAGCAAAAGGUUAAUGAGUCCUUCUCCAUUUUUCAUGUGUGUCUUGCUUGGAAGUUGUUAAGUUCUUGUGGAGACUGAAACAUUAUUUAGGAAAUAUAGUAAGGUCUGUGUCAUCAGCUUAAUCUGGAAUUUACGCAAGCACGAAAAAAAAAACUGACUUGAUUUUAAUCUCACAACAUUUAUUGAUGAUGUUACAAUUUUAAAACACUAUUUUAACUUGUAAAACACCAUGGAGAAAGUUUUUAAAGAUUCAAUGUUAUUGUACUUGGACUGUAAGCACUUUAUUAUUGUAUAUAUAUAUGUAGAUUUUUGCUGUUUUAUAAUUUGACUUCAUCUGCUAACAAUGUUGCAUUUGGAGUUAUUGUGAUCUCUCCUUGUCCAUUGAAUGUCCCCAUGUCCUUGAAGUUGAAACAUGCAGAUAUAGUCCUGAUAAAUAAAUGUUGAAGGUGUUUAUAAUUACUGUCUGUGAAUCAUUCCUAUAAUACAGAUUGAAACAUUUUGGUUACUUUGGUUACAGUGAAAAAAAAAUCAUAAGAAAUAAUGAUAAGUUAAAUUAAAAUUAAAAAAUUUAAUUUAUCAUGAUUCAAAGAGUAUGGAAAUGUUGACUUAAAUACUGACUGAUCUCUUAAUGUAAAAAAGCAAAAAUUCCCCCAAAACGAGAUAUAACUCAGGUGAGCAGCUUAGAGCCUAGAAAGCUCUCUUGUUUAUCUUUUUCUGACCCGAACCCGGCAGAGUUGUUAUCUGGGCAUUAUUUUCCUUCUAACCUCUUCUGUAUAAACAUUUUAGAACUGC